AUGUCUGUUCCAUUGACUUUAAGUACACCUAUUUUAUAUAUUGUUUCAAACUUAGGUUCAAAGUGUUAUUCGAAUGUCGACAGAAACUAUUAUGACCAAAAGAUACUCAUGCGUAUAAACAACACUUUCUCUGCUGGUUUGCCUAUUGUUCAUUCGAAUGCAGAGUUUUCAGCUUUAGUAAACUCAAACACUUUAGCAAACAUAAACUUAACCUUAGUUGACGCAAACUUUGUUCCUGUAAAACUUUUAUGUCCUAUGUAUUUGUCAAUGACGGCAGAAAGUUUCGAAUUGGAAGAUGCAACUGGUGAAAGUAUUGUACUACAAGAACAACUUCAACAACAAAUAGCUCAAGAACAACAAAUGCAACAAAUAGCUCAAGAAUAA